CCCGUGGGCCGGCGCGGCGGAGCGAGAGGAGCCGGCGGCGGGCGCCGAGGGACGCCGAGGCCUCGGGCAGGGUCCGGCUCGGGGUUCCAGGUCUCUGGUGAGGGCUGCAAACUGAGGAAGAUGAGGCGAUUCCUGAGACCUGGGCAUGACCCUGCCAGGGAGAGGCUGAAGCGGGACCUGUUCCAGUUUAACAAGACUGUGGAACAUGGCUUCCCGCACCAGCCCAGCGCCCUUGGCUACAGCCCUUCUUUACGUAUCCUGGCCAUCGGCACCCGCUCUGGGGCAGUCAAGCUCUAUGGUGCCCCCGGGGUAGAGUUCAUGGGGCUCCAUCAGGAGAACAACGCGGUGACGCAGAUUCACUUCCUGCCUGGCCAGUGCCAGCUGGUCACCCUGCUGGAUGACAACAGCCUGCACCUGUGGAGUCUGAAGGUCAAGGGUGGGGUGUCAGAGCUGCAGGAAGAAGAGACCUACACUUUGCGUGGCCCCCCAGGGGCUCCCCCCAGCGCCACGCAGAUCACCGUGGUCCUGCCUCACUCCUCCGGAGAGCUCCUCUACCUGGGUACCGAGAGUGGCAGUGUGUUUGUGGUACAGCUGCCCAGCUUCCACGUGCUCGACAACCGGACCAUCAGCUCAGACACCGUGCUGCAGUGGUUGCCAGAGGAGGCCCGCAACCGGCGAGUGUUUGAGAUGGUGGAGGCUCUUCAGGAGCACCCUCGAGACCCGAACCAGAUCCUGAUUGGCUACAGCCGGGGCCUUGUUGUCAUCUGGGAUCUGCAGGCCAGUCGUGUGCGCUACCAUUUCCUCUGCAGCCAGCAACUGGAGAAUGUCACUUGGCAGCGGGACGGCCGCCUGAUUGUCACCUGCCACUCCGAUGGCAGCUAUUGCCAGUGGCCUGUGUCUAGUGACGCCCAGCAGUCGGAGCCCUUGCGCAGUUCGGUGCCUUAUGGUCCCUUUCCUUGCAAAGCUAUUACCAAAAUCUUCUGGCUGACCACCAGGCAGGGGUUGCCCUUCACCAUCUUCCAGGGCGGCAUGCCACGGGCCAGCUACGGGGACCGCCACUGCAUCUCGGUGCUCCGCGAUGGCCAGCAGACGGCCUUUGACUUCACCUCCCGUGUCAUCGACUUCGCCGUCCUCUCUGAGGCAGAGCCUGCGGCCGCCUUUGAUGACCCUUAUGCCCUGGUGGUGCUGGCCGAGGAGGAGCUGGUAGUGAUUGACCUGCAGACAGCGGGCUGGCCACCCGUCCAGCCGCCCUACCUGGCCUCCCUGCACUGCUCCGCCAUCACCUGCUCCCACCACGUCUCCAACAUCCCGCUGAAGCUGUGGGAGCGCGUCAUCGCCGCGGGCAGCCGGCAGAACGCGCACUUCUCCACCAUGGACUGGCCCAUCGAUGGUGGCACCAGCCUGGCCCCGCCCCCACCCCAGAGGGACCUGCUGCUCACAGGGCAUGAAGAUGGCACAGUGCGGUUCUGGGAUGCCUCGGGUGUCUGUUUGCGGCUGUUGUACAAACUAAGCACGGUGCGCGUGUUCCUCACUGAUGCCGACCCCAACGAGAGCCUCAACGCCCAGGGCGAGGAUGAGUGGCCCCCUCUCCGCAAGGUGGGCUCCUUCGACCCCUACAGUGAUGACCCCAGGCUGGGCAUCCAGAAGAUUUUCCUCUGCAAAUACAGUGGCUAUCUGGCUGUGGCAGGCACAGCAGGGCAGGUGCUGGUGCUGGAGCUGAACGACGAGGCAGCGGAGCACGCGGUGGAGCAGGUGGAGGCUGACCUGCUGCAGGACCAGGAAGGCUACCGCUGGAAGGGCCACGAGCGGCUGGCAGCCCGCCCGGGGCCUGUGCACUUCGAGCCUGGCUUCCAGCCCUUUGUGUUGGUGCAGUGCCAGCCUCCAGCCGUGGUCACCUCCUUGGCCCUGCACUCUGAGUGGCGGCUCGUGGCCUUUGGCACCAGCCACGGCUUUGGCCUCUUCGACCACCAGCAGCGGCGGCAGGUCUUUGUCAAGUGCACGUUACACCCCAGCGACCAGCUGGCCUUGGAGGGCCCGCUGUCCCGUGUAAAGUCCCUCAAGAAGUCCCUGCGCCAGUCAUUCCGCCGCAUGCGCCGCAGCAGGGUGUCCAGCCGGAAGCGACGGCCAGCUGGCCCCCCAGGAGAGAUGCAAGCAGCGAGCACCAAGGCAGAGCGGACGGGCCUCCAGAACAUGGAGUUGGCACCCGUGCAGCGCAAGAUUGAGGCCCGCUCGGCUGAAGACUCCUUCACUGGCUUUGUCCGGACCCUCUACUUUGCUGACACCUACUUGAGGGACAGCUCCCGCCACUGCCCCUCUCUGUGGGCUGGCACCAACGGCGGCACCGUCUAUGCCUUCUCCCUGCGCGUGCCCCCUGCUGAGCGGAGAAUGGAUGAGCCAGUCCGGGCAGAGCAGGCCAAGGAGAUCCAGCUGAUGCACCGCGCACCUGUGGUGGGCAUCCUGGUGCUUGAUGGACGCAGCGUGCCCCUCCCGGAGCCUCUGGAAGUGGCCCAUGACCUGUCAAAGAGCCCUGACAUGCAGGGCAGCCACCAGCUGCUUGUGGUAUCCGAGGAACAAUUCAAGGUGUUCACGCUGCCCAAGGUGAGCGCCAAGCUGAAGCUGAAGCUGACGGCCCUGGAGGGCUCAAGGGUCCGGCGGGUCGGCGUGGCCCACUUCGGCAGCAGUCGUGCCGAAGACUACUGGGAGCACCACCUGGCGGUCCUCACCAACCUGGGUGACAUCCAGGUGGUGUCCCUGCCCCUGCUCAAGCCGCAGGUGCGGUACAGCUGCAUCCGCCGCGAGGAUGUCAGCGGCAUCGCCUCCUGCGUCUUCACCAAAUAUGGCCAAGGUUUCUACCUGAUCUCGCCUUCUGAAUUCGAGCGCUUUUCUCUCUCCACCAAGUGGCUAGUGGAGCCCCGGUGUCUGGUGGAUUCAGUCAAACCCAAGAACCACAGCCGGCCCAGCCAUGGCAACGGCACAGGCAUGGGCCCCGAGAGAGCCUCGGGCCAAGCCAGGAACACGGGGAGCCAGAAUGAUGGAGAGGAGAAGAAGGCUGGCCCAGUGAUGGAGCACGCGCUGCUCAAUGAUGAGAGAGUCCUAAAGGAAAUCCAGAGCACGCUCGAGGGGGGCCGAGGGAGCUGUGGUAAUUGGCAUCCUCACCGAGUGGCCGUAGGGUACCGUCUCAGCAAUGGGGAAGCAGAAUGAACAGGACAGGCGUCUGGGCUGCAAGCUGACGACACACUACCGAAGGCCUUCCUGUGGGGCUGCCUCUGCUGGAGAGGCUCGUGUGCACUGGGCUGGGCCAGGGGCUCCAAGCGCCCCUGCUCUCCACCCUGCUGCUACUCCUGGCCUGAGAGGAGCAGCCCCCAGCGCGGGCUCCCCUCCCCGGCCUUCUGUCUCAGUCUUUGGUCAAUGUUGCACAGUUUUUAGUCCUUUGUUCCCCCCUCCCCUUUUUUUGUAGUGGGCUGGGUUUUAAAUUAUAAAUUUUAACUGCCUCUGUGUGAAACAGAGUUUUUAAUAAACACCUUAUUACCUCUUCA